GAUAUUGAGAAACGGGCAGGGUCUGUGUGUGUGUGUGAUUAUGGGUAAAGUCCACACGUAUGGUUAAGGGUGAGUCAGCUGACUUGAAGGGGCGGGGCUACGCUAUGUUCAGCUGAUCAGCUCCGGGAAGAGCUCCGUGAAGCGCUCCUCUAACUUCAUCAGGUAAAUAACUACGUGAAUGCUGCGCUCUGAUUGGUUCACACAAACAAAGCCGACAUGUCGUCGCUUCAGGUCGAGUGUGUGGUGAAAGCGGGCGCUCUGAUUGGUGAAGGACCGGUGUGGGAGGAGUCAGAGCAGACUCUGCUGUUUGUUGACAUCGCCGGGCAGAAAAUCCAUCGCUGGAAUUCAGUGACCAAUGAGAUGAAGUCUGUGGAGACAGAGGACACAGUGGGCGUGGCGGUCCCUCGCCGCUCAGGUGGUCUUGUGGCAGGCGUAGGACGCAGCGUCGUGGCUGUUGAUUGGUCGACUCAGACGAUGACAUCACUGGUCCAGGUCGACAAGGACAAACCAAACAACCGACUGAACGACGGGAAGGUGGAUCCACACGGACGCCUGCUGGUGGGUUCUAUGGGGAAGGAGACGAGACCCGCUGAGGUGACAAGACACCAGGGGGCGCUGUUCUCGGUCAACUCUGAUUUCACUGUGACCAAACACCUGAGACAGGUGGACAUAUCUAAUGGAAUGGACUGGUCUCUGGAUCAUAGGACAUUUUUUUACAUCGACUCUUUGUCUUUAAACGUCGACGCCUUUGAUUACGACGUUGAUACGGGAAACAUCGGAAACCGUCGUACAGUGUAUCAUAUGGAGGAGGGGGAGGGGCUUCCUGACGGGAUGACGGUUGAUGCUGAAGGUCGUUUGUGGGUCACGUGUUACAACGGAGGACGAGUCAUUAACAUCGACCCUGUGACUGGUGUGCGUCUGCAGACCGUCUUUCUCCCGGUGAUGAAAACCACUUCCUGUUGUUUUGGUGGUCCAGAUUACUCUGACCUCUAUGUGACCUCAGCUUGUCUUGGCCUCAACCAAUCAGAGAGCAGACAGCAGCCACUGGCUGGACACACUUUCAGGGUGCGAGGACUUGGGGUCAAAGGUCGACCUUCCACUUCCUUCUCAGGGUGAUCAACAGGAAAUGGAACACAGUCUGAUCAAUAAGUGACUGUACUAAUAAAGUUAAUCAUUUUAAAUAAAAGAACAAAACAACAACAGCCAAUGAGAAUGGAUUAGAGUGAGACACCAGUGAGACACCAUCACGAGGACGAGGUGUUUAAUGUCCACAUCACUUUCACCACAACAAACACUGAACGUCACUAAAAUGUUUCCUACAAAAUAAAAUUCAUCCACGUA